UUUUUUUCUUUCUUUUUUCCUCAGCUGAUUUCACCAACGUUUAAAACAGCUGAAUGAAUUAACACACCUCUCUUUAUUGUACACAUGUCAUGUGUCAUUGUCAUUGCAUUUCUUCAUUAUACUAUUUACAAAUUUGAUUGAUUUGUGACACUUUACAAUAUAAUUAUUAUACAUUUAUAAUUAUUAAAAUGGCAACAUACACUGUGGUGACAUCAGAUUUUAUUAAUUUAAAUAUUACAACUUCUGGUCCUCAAUCAGCAUUCAUUGAAAGAAGAUUUCAAAAAUCCAUUACCAUUGAUGAAUUUAAGGGAAAAUUGGAGCUUCUUACUGGUGGAAAUCAAUUUUCCAUGAAAUUAGAAGUUUAUGAUAAAAAUAAUAAACUUGUAUGUUCUCCAAAUGAAGGUUCACAACUUCUUGGAUAUUAUCCCAUUGAUGAUGGUAUGAGAUUACAUGUUGUUGAUUCAUUUCCACGUCAAGAAGAUGACUUGUCCAAAGUGGAAAAGUUUGAAAUAUCUGAAGAUGAAUAUUCAAAACGACCUGAUACUGUAAAAGCAUUUCUUGCUAAAAAUAAAUUGGGAAAAUACAAUGAGGAAGAAAUGAAGAAAAAAAAUGAGGAAAAACAAAAAGAAGAUGAAAUAGAAGAAAAUUUGGCAAAAUCUUUAGUUUGUGGUAAUAGAUGUGAAGUUGAUGUUCCUGGGCAACCAAAACGACGAGCUACUAUAAUGUAUGUUGGUAAGCCAGCAUUCAAAGAGGGCUGGUGGGUUGGCGUCAAGUAUGAUGAGCCACUUGGUAAAAAUGAUGGAUCGGUAAAUGGAAAACAAUAUUUUACUUGUCUACCGAAAUAUGGUAGCUUCGUUAAACCAGGAUUCAUCAAACAAGGUGAUUUUCCUGAAGAAGAUUAUGCUCUUGAUGAAGAAUUGUAAAAAAAAAAAAAAACAUCAUCAUCACCAUUAUUAACUUUGGAAUACUCACAAAUAUUUGAUAACAAUAAUAAUUAUAAUUUCAAUUACACAAAUAAAUAUUAAUUUUGUAUUCUUAUUUUUUCUUGAUUACUUUAAAGUUACCCAAGUUUCAUUCAUAAAAAAAAAUAUCAGUUUAAUUUAUGAUCUCAAAAAUAUCAUUCAGAUUAAUUUUAGUUUCUUAAAUAUUAAUUUAUUUAUUCAUAAAAUGAUUAUUUAUCUCCUGACAUUUCAUUCAAAAAAUUAUCCAAAUAUUUUACCUCACAUUUCUGACGAUAUAAUUUGAGUAUUGUUACAAUCAAAAAACAAAAAAAUUAACAUAUUUUUUUUUUACCCAUCUAUAUUGAUAAUAUUAUUAUUUAUAGAUCAAAUGAUUCAUCACCUUCACUUAUAAUACAUAGUAUUUGGCAUAAAUACCAAUUGACAUACAUUCUUGAAUGAUUAUGUUUAUGUGAAAAUAUCAACAGCAUAUCUAUUUCUCAGUAUGGAUUGCUUCCAAUUUUCCACACGGGUUUUAUAAAUUAGUUUUACAGCUUUUUUACAUUUAUUUCUCAAGUUUUCUAGUCAGUGUUAAAUAUAGAAUCACUAUGAUAAAAAAAAUUCAUCAGUGAAAAACUAAAUCUGCAAUAUUAAUGCAGGCUUUUUUUCACGUUAAUUACUUUGUCUUUAUACUUUCAAAAAACAAUAAAUACAAUUGAUUUUGUCAACUGUUAUUUUAUUGUGAUUAUAAUUUAAGUGUUAUCAAAAAUUCAUCAGGAACAUAUUAACAACCAAAAAUCCUUAUUGAUUAUGAUUAUUUAAUAUUGCUAGAAUGUAAAAAAGCCGUAGAACACAAUUUAGAAAGAAAAAAAAAUAAAAUAUUUAACAAAACUUCCAUGGUGAAACACACACGUAUGCAUUAGAAUUAUUUUUUACUUUGAGCUAUUUAAAAAAAUAUAAAUGCCACCAAAUGAUGCACAACAAAAAAUUAAUUGUCUAACAUAAACACUUAUUUUUUCAAACAAAUUUCGUCAAACUAAUUUGGUGGUCUCGCUAGAAAAUCUUAAUUGGAAUAUUUUUUUUUUAGUACAUUGUUAUAUUAUUUAUUUUUUUUCUUUUUUUUACUGUAUAUUUUUGCGCUAUGUAAGACUACUAUAUACAAACAAUUAUAGUAAUUUUCAAUAAUCAAGUUAAUAAAAACAUAAUUACAAAUAAAAUAUUAAGAAAAAUCAAAACAACAAAAAAUAAACAUAAUCACAGCUUGAUUGGCAUAAUCAGUUGACUCAUAUAGCAAGAAGAUUAAUCCUUCAUCAUUAUUUUAGUAAUUGUCAUUUUUCUUUUUUUUUCACAAUAUUGAAAAUCAUAUUAAUUGUCAUGAUAUUACACCACUUGUUUUUGGCUUUUGAUAACUGUUAUUUUUAUACAUUUUAAAACUCAAAAUGUUUGUUUUUUGCAUCGCUAUUCAAUAUGUAAAAUGUUUAGUAUCUCAUAAACCUGUUGAACGAUAAAACAAAACUUUUAGUAAGCGUUAAAAAAAAACGAUGAAUAAGUUUUUAUUUGUCGUUGGUAAUAUAUGGACAAUCAAACAUUUUGCGUUUGAGCAGCGAUGCUCUCAAA